AUGGCUGCAACUACGAAUUACUAUCCAAUCGUUGGCAUCCAGGAGGGAUUGUCCCCUGGGAAAGAUGAUCCGCUCAGGAAAGUACCGCUCCGUAUGGAGAUAGAUGACUGGUUUAUAUCUACAGAACUGCUCCAUAUCAACCAGCGUGCACUAUUCUUUCCUGCGCUAUGGAUGUUUUCCCAGAUGAGCCCGCAUGAGAAAUUAUCCUGGUUUCAAAUUGCCGGAAUCCAUGGGAAGCCAUUUGUUUCUUGGGACGAGCCCGGAGAAAACCCAGCAGUUGACGGAAAGGGAUAUUGUACUCAUAAUAGUAUUCUAUUUUGCACCUGGCACCGGCCUUACGUGCUUCUCUUCGAACAAAUCAUCUAUGAACUUAUGAAAGAAGUGGUCAACAAGUACCCGGAAGCAGAUAGACCUGACCUUCUAGAAGCAGCGAGAACUUGGCGCCUACCAUACUGGGACUGGGCGCUCAAGAAGCCCAUUGACGGCGAUCCAAACAAGCGGGACUAUACUGUACCGUUGGCUGUACUGGAUGAAGAAGUUGAUAUCAGACAGCCUACAAUUCAAGGUCACGGUCUUUAUCGGAAUGCACUAUAUCAGUUCACAAUGCCAGGGCGUAUUACUAUGGGCGAUCCAAGCCUUAACGAUGAAGACCAGGACUUGAGGAUCACAGCAAGUAAAAUUUUAGAUCCCGAGACGGGAAUUACGUACACUUUCCCCUUUGACCAAUGCGAGGCUACGAGCCGACACCCCAAAGGAACGGGCGUGAACCAGGCUUGGGUUACUGGAAAGCAGGAUAAUCAAGCCAUUGCCGACGCCAUGAGGGACUAUAAAUGGGAUCCCGAAACGAAGACGGAAAACUCAAAGAUGGGGAAUAUGACAGCGGGUCUUCGGGCGGCUUACUAUCGUGUUCUCACUAUUGAGACGUUUGAGGAUUUCGCAACUAAACGAGCUCCUAACCACGGCGCAGAUGACCCGGUGACAAAGGACUAUGCUUUUGACUCUUGUGAGGGAAUUCAUGACAACAUGCAUGAUUGGUGUGGCGGCGAUUGGACAGAGCCAGACAAUCAAAACAUCCGCUUGAUGGGCCACAUGGCUCACGUCCCAGUUGCUGCAUUUGAUCCAAUAUUUUGGCUUCACCAUUGUAACGUGGAUAGAACAACGGCGAUCUGGCAAACGCUGCAUGAAGACCCCUGGUUUGACGGCUCCGACCCGCGUGAUGAAGACCUUGGGACAUAUGCUAUCGAGUUUAAGCACCGGGACAAGCCCACUGAUCCACUUCGGCCUUUCCAUACGGGUGAUGGAGAAUAUUGGACUUCCUCUGACGUUAGAGAGGUGACGGCACUAGGCUAUACUUACCCGGGUUUAGAGAAGUGGUUGUAUACUACUAAUGGAGUCUACGAUAAGCAGAAACACCUCGACGUUCUCACCAAAACGCUUAACGAGAAUUAUAACAGUGACUGGUCAGCUUUGCAGAAAGCAAGGCUCACAGCUGGCCCGGGUCAGCCUAACCUCCCCAAGCUAGCGAGGCUGCGUACCCUCAGCGACAAACCGGUUGACUUGAAGACUUACGAUUACGUUGUCAAUGUUGUUUAUGAGAAGUUCGCUCUCAAUGGCAACAAAUUUACAAUUCACAUAUUUGUUGGUAAAGUACCCGAUGAGGUCCCUUAUAAGACUCGAACCACCCAGGUUGGCCAAGUAGUAAACUUUUCGACCGAGCCAGGAAGUCUUGGUAACUCGGAUGAGGGAUGUGGGAAUUGCCGGAACCAGCAAGCGGACCACACUGAGUCUACGGGACGUGUUGUGUUAACCAACGCUCUCAUCACGCGAUGGAAGAACCAAAUCGCGCACGAAGACAACGACGGCAACCAAUCCGUGUUAAAGAGCAUGAACCCCGAAGAUGUCGUCUCGUUCCUCAAGCCCAACCUUCACUGGCGUGCGACAUCAAUGGGCGCGUUAGUAAAUCUACCGUCUUUGAAGGUCUCGCUGGCUGUUGGUGAAGCCGAGCACUUUGCCGACCGCUCCAAGAUGUCCAAGUAUCACAACUAUAGGGCUGCGUACGAAGUUACGAGUGGUCGUCCUGGUGGUGCAGGGCCGGAAGAUCGGUUGUACCCGCCAAAAUAUCAGUAUACGAUUCCGUCGGGGUAUAAGGACUAG